AUGUCCGCAUACGACACCCGGCUUCUUAGUCGCACCAACAAGAUCACCAACACCGCAGGCCUCGCCCCCGGUCACCUCCAAGCCAACCUCCUCAUCCUGCCCGCCCAACACGCCAGUGACUUCCACGACCUCUGUCUACGCAACCCAGUCUCCUGCCCCCUCCUCGGAAUCAGCACGCAACCCGGUUCCACGAACUCCAUCACACCCGCGCAAUGCAUCCAACCCGCCAGUGACUUCGACCUGCGCACCGACUUCCCCAAAUACCGCGUCUACCGCAACGGGAAAUACCUCGAGACGCGAACCGACCUACUCGACGUAUGGGACGCCCACCAACGCUAUGUGGGGUUCCUCAUCGGAUGCUCGUUCUCCUUUGAGGACGCCCUCGCCGCGGCAGGCCUCCCACCUCGUCACUACUCCACCGGCCGUAUCGUCGCCAUGUACCGCAGUACCAUUCCGCUCCUCCCCGCAGGGAUCUUCACAAACGCCACCUGCGUGGUAUCCAUGCGGCCCUACAGGCCGGAAGAUAUUGAGCGCGUACGCGAAGUGUCGCGCCCGUAUCUGGCGGCGCAUGGGGAGCCCGUGGCGUGGGGGUGGGAUGCGGUGGAAAGGCUAGGGAUUACGGACAUUGGACGACCGGAUUUUGGCCAGCCGCAGGUGUUUGAGGAGGGGGAGGUUCCUGUUUUCUGGGCGUGUGGUGUUACUCCCCAAUUGGCAGUCGAGUCCGCGGGCGACAAGAUCGAGGGACUAGUCUUUUCUCACGAACCGGGACAUAUGCUGGUUACCGAUUGGAAGACAGAGGACCUGGAGGGCUUGCGGGGCGGAUUGCGGUGA